UCCUCAAACGUCACCUUUCCCUUUGGUGAGCAAGGUGUGUUCACGUGAGGUUGUGUGUUCCCUCGGAUAUAGGUCACACAAUCCUCAGAAUUUCGUGAAAUAUUCUUGUUAAAAUAUAAAAAAAAAUCAUAAAAUACACAAAAAUCCAAAAAAAUAGCAAAAUAAUAAAAUUAAACGGGAAUCACUCGAUUUUAAGUUAGUGUACGUAAGCGUGCAACGUGGUCUAAGGAAUGCGAUAGUCAUUGUAAAGAGAAAGUGAAGUUACUCUUUGCUAAAGAAUAAGUAAAGUUAAUGUUUUACAUAAAGCUAUCACAGUGAAAGUUUUAAAAUGAAUCCUGGUCCACCAAAUUACCCCAUGGCUUCGCUGUAUGUCGGAGACUUGCACUCCGAUAUUACUGAAGCCAUGUUGUUUGAAAAAUUUUCAACCGCUGGCCCGGUUCUAUCUAUUCGCGUUUGUCGCGACAUGAUCACACGCAGAUCUCUUGGCUACGCUUAUGUGAAUUUUCAGCAGCCUGCGGAUGCUGAAAGGGCUUUGGACACUAUGAAUUUUGACAUGAUCAAAGGAAGACCUAUUAGAAUCAUGUGGUCCCAACGUGAUCCUUCCCUGCGCAAGUCUGGCGUGGGAAACGUUUUCAUUAAAAACCUUGACAAAACCAUUGACAACAAGGCUAUGUAUGACACAUUCUCUGCUUUUGGCAACAUUCUUAGCUGUAAAGUGGCUCAAGAUGAAACUGGAGCAUCCAAGGGUUAUGGAUUUGUCCACUUUGAAACUGAAGAAGCUGCCAAUAAGUCCAUUGAAAAGGUGAAUGGAAUGUUGCUGAAUGGUAAAAAAGUCUAUGUGGGCAGAUUCAUUCCUCGUAAGGAACGUGAAAAGGAGCUCGGAGAGAGGGCUAAGCUGUUCACCAAUGUGUAUGUGAAGAACUUUGGUGAAGAUUUCUCUGAUGAAAAUUUGAGGGAGAUGUUUGAAAAAUAUGGCAGAAUCACCAGCCAUAAAGUUAUGUACAAGGAGGAUGGAGCCUCUAGAGGUUUUGGAUUUGUGGCAUUUGAAGAUCCUGAUGCAGCUGAAAGAGCUUGCAUGGAGCUUAAUGGGAAAGAGCUUGUGGAAGGUAAACCACUUUAUGUGGGACGUGCUCAGAAAAAAGCUGAACGUCAAAAGGAAUUAAAACGCAAAUUUGAACAACUGAAAUCUGAACGUUUAACUCGUUACCAAGGAGUAAAUCUGUAUGUGAAGAAUUUAGAUGAUACUAUUGAUGAUGAGAGGCUUCGUAAAGAGUUCGCUCCAUUUGGAACUAUUACUUCUGCAAAGGUAAUGUUAGAGGAUGGUCGCAGCAAGGGUUUCGGGUUUGUCUGUUUUUCAUCUCCAGAAGAAGCCACCAAGGCAGUUACUGAAAUGAAUGGCCGUAUUGUUGGAACUAAACCAUUAUAUGUAGCCUUGGCUCAACGUAAAGAAGACCGUAAAGCUCAUUUGACAUCGCAAUACAUGCAACGCAUGGCUAGCAUGCGUAUGCAACAAAUGGGUCAAAUAUUCCAACCAGGAGGUGCAGGUGGGUACUUUGUGCCAACCAUUCCUCCAGCACAACGUUUCUAUGGGCCAGCACAGAUGACUCAAAUAAGACCGUCUCCACGUUGGACUGCACAGCCACCAGUCAGGCCCAGCACCCAGACUGCAGCUUCAGGCUACCCAAAUAUGCAGGCACCUUUCCGCCCUGCUCCAAGGGGUCCCGCCCAGGCCGCGCUGCGCACGUCACUUGGGGCUAGACCUAUCACAGGACAACAAGGAGUAGCAACUGCAGCCUCUAUUCGUGCACCUCUCGUCACCCAGAGCGGGCGCCCAGCAGGAUACAAGUAUACUUCUAACAUGCGUAAUCCACCUGCUCCACAGCCAGCUGUUCAUAUACAAGGGCAGGAGCCUUUGACAGCCACUAUGUUGGCUGCAGCACCUCUUCAAGAACAGAAACAAAUGCUUGGAGAACGUCUGUUCCCCUUGAUUCAGAGAAUGCACCCAGAUUUGGCAGGCAAAAUAACUGGUAUGCUUCUCGAAAUUGACAAUUCGGAGCUACUUCACAUGUUAGAGCAUGGAGAGUCUCUUAAGGCUAAAGUGGAUGAAGCUGUUGCUGUUUUGCAAGCUCACCAGGCUAAACAGCAAGCUACAAAGAAAGAGUAAAUUUUGUAACUUAGCGGGCUAAUUUAACAUCUUGUGCAGCUUAAAUUUUACAAGAGCAAAUAUACUAUUAAUGUUCUUGUAUCUAUCAUGUACUUUGAACAUCUUUUACUAUAUUAAUGGUCCCGCAUAAAAAAAAAUAAAAAUUGAAAAAAAAUAAAAAGCUGGAUUGCACCUUUCAAACUUGUGCAACUUUUAUUGUGGUUAUUGAGAGUGCAUUUCCGCAAACAAAAAUAAUGCAACUGUCAACAUUUCUAUAGAGUCUUAACACAAGGCUCUUUUGACUUUUUACAUUGACUAGAAGUUUGGUUUAAGUUUUCGUCAUUUAAAAUAUUGUCUUAUUUCUCAGAAAAUGGAGUUGGCUUUUUGUUCUUGCAAUACUUUUACUUUUCUUUUCCUUGAUCAGUCUUACAUUGGAUAUUUGUCUACCUUGGAUUGUAAACUUGGUCGCCGAUGUAACUGGUUUUGAAUAUUUGUAUUUGUUACAUUACAUAUAUUCUGUGAACUAUUCACAAUAA